UCGGUCCGUCCUUCCGGCCCGCCGUCCGCCAACUUCCGGCGGCGGGUGGGCGCGCGCCAGGUAACGACCUUCGGCGCCGAGGCUCGGCCGGCGGCGGCGUGUGGAUGGAGGCCUUGGCCCCGGGCCGGGCUCCGCGGGGCCGGCGGCGGGCCGGGACUGAGGGCUCCGCGCUCUCGGCGCUGUCGGUGGCCGCCGUCCUGCUCUCCGCCUUGCUGCGGGCGCCCCCUGCAGUUGGAUAUUUGGCUCGAUUGCCAAGAAGUUUUCGCUUGACUCAAGAUUCACUGAAAAUAGUUGGAUCAUCACAUUUUCCCGUGAGUGUAUAUGUCAUGCUCCAUCAAAAGAGUCCACAUGUGCUUUGUGUAACUCAACGACUGAGAAACACUGAACUGGUAGACCCAUCAUUCCAAUGGCAUGGGCCAAAAGGAAAAAUUGUUUCAGAAAACACCACUGCACAAGUGACAUCCACGGGGAGUCUCAUAUUUCAGAACUUUGAGGAGGCCAUGACUGGGGUUUAUACAUGUUUCCUCGAGUACAAACCGACUGUGGAAGAAAUUGUUAAAAAUCUUCAACUGAAAUACGUUGUUUAUGCUUAUCGUGAACCUCAUUUUUAUUACCAGUUCACAGCACGGUACCACGCGGCUCCCUGCAAUAGUAUCUAUAACAUUUCUUUUGAGAAGAAACUUCUUCAGAUUUUAAGUAAACUGGUUCUUGACCUUUCCUGUGAGAUUUCCUUGCUGAAAUCUGAAUGCCACCGUGUUAAAAUGCAGAGAGCUGGUCUGCAAAAUGAAUUAUUCUUCACAUUUUCAGUUUCAUCUAUAGACACUGAAAAAGGACCCAAGCCAUGUACAGACCAUAAUUGUGAAUCUUCCAAAAGAUUAUCUAAGGCUAAAAAUCUCAUAGAGAGAUUUUUUAAUCAGCAAGUAGAAGUCCUGGGCAAACGUAUGGAGCCACUGCCUGAAAUAUACUACAUUGAAGGAACCCUUCAAAUGGUGUGGGUUAACCGCUGCUAUCCCGGUUAUGGGAUAAAUGUCCUGAAACAUCCAAAGUGCCCUGAGUGCUGUGUGAUUUGCAGCCCUGGAUCCUACAAUCCCCGGGAUGGAACUCAUUGCCUUCAAUGCAACAGCAGCCUGGUGUAUGGAGCGAAGGCAUGCAUAUAGGCCACUGCCUCGUGUGACCCAGUGGUUUAUUAAAUACAAAAGUAUAUUUUCGAAGUGCUAAAUUAUAAUAAAUCACUAUUUGCCAAAAUUAAAUAAUCAGAAUUUACAAAGCUAUGGUGUCCUCUUUCAAUCCAGUACUGUAUGUAUCAUCUUCCUUGGCUAACACUAGAGCUGCGUUUGACACCAGAUGGCUCCUGUGUCACUGCGUUUUAAAAACUGUUUUGAAUGUUCUGUAUUUGAAUGUGAUGUUAAUGACUUUUUCCAGGAAUUUAAAAGGUGUCCCAUUUUAUCUUUGCUAUGUAUCACCUAGAUUCAUGCCAUCAUAUUCUGUUAUAAGAGCUUUAAUUUAAUCUUACAGAAUUUUAACUAUUUGAGCUCAGCCUGUGACAGCUUAGAGCCAGUUUCAAAAAUAUGUCCUGGGUCUCAUCAUUGUACUUUGUUACAUAAGACCUGAUCAUGGGAAACUGCAGGUUUUAGUAUGUAUAGGUCAAUGUGUUGUCUUAAACUAACAAUUACUCUCAAGCUAGACAUGGCAGUACAGGCCUGGAAUCUUAGUACUUGGCAGGCAGAGACGGAAAGUCAGGAGUUCAAAGUCCAAGGACAGCCUGGACUGUAUGACAUCCUGUCUCAAAAAGUGUCUUACAUUACCUCCUUCACAUUUUAGAAUGGAGUAACCACUGAAUUUUCUCAGUAGACCAAAGCAGUUUGUCUUCCUUACAGUACUUCCAGAGCAAAGAAUUAACAAUCAUCACAAGCUUCAUUUGCUGCACCAUUAAAAUGUGUACUAUGUGCCAGAAGUCACAGCUGCUACCACCAAUACCUUAUUUUACAUUGGGAUACACAUUUUGAAUAUGAGGAGUUGCUGAUUUGUAAUUACUUAAAUAGAGGAAAAUUCACACCUAACUUUGAAGUCCUUUUCUGAAGUCCUUAGUGAUCACCUGGUUCAUGUUUCCUGUGUCUUCUCUGUGAGGCAUUGCCUGCUUUGCUCUUGACAUUUCCCUGUCCUAAAACAUGAGUGAUUCAAGGAUGGAAAGAGUAACAGUUGGAUCUCAAUAUCCUUGAGUGAUAGGUUGACUAAUAGAAGUUUUUUUUUUUUUUUUACUAGAAAAAAAAAAGCUACACAGUUGACUUGUAGAAACCAAGCUAGCUAGAAAAUACCCUGUCUUAUCCUCCUGUGGACAAGCACAGCCUCAGAAUUC